AUGCCCUACGAAAGAGUAGCCAAACUAUUUACAGCAGAUAACCAGAAAGAGGCCGUAGACUCCGGGGCAGACCCCGGUCCCGAUGGAUUAAACGGAUCGCAACGUGAAGUCAGCAAACAGCCCCAGUCAACAACCACCAAGGAUAGCGCGAGCCCCGUAAAUCUUCCCGGAAGCAGCAGAAAUGGCAACAUCGAGCCCACGGACGCCAGUCGGGCGGCGGAUCCGUACUUUGACCUGUCUUACUCGAAAAACGUUACCGCACUGCUGGGGAAGACCACCUAUCUGAAUUGCAGGGUGAAAAAUUUGGGCAACAAAACGAUAAUGCUGCAAGUGUCCUGGGUGCGGCACCGGGACAUCCACUUGCUUACCGUCGGCCGUUACACGUACACCUCCGAUCAGCGAUUUCGGGCGAUACAUCAUCCCCACUCAGAAGACUGGAGCCUGCAGAUCAAGUAUCCGCAGCACCGAGAUUCUGGCAUCUACGAGUGUCAGAUCUCGACAACGCCGCACAUGAGCCAUAACAUACAUCUGAACGUAAUAGAGCCUUCGACGGAAAUAAUUGGAGCCCCGGAUCUUUACAUCGAGAGCGGCUCGACGAUAAAUUUAACGUGCGUAGUGAAAGACUCCCCAGAGCCACCGGCAUACAUCUUCUGGAACCAUAACGAAGUUAUUAUCAGUUAUGAUUCGACACGUGGGGGCGUCUCUGUUGUCACCGAGAAAGGUGACACGACAACAUCUUUUUUGCUGAUUACGGGCGCCAAUCCAGCGGAUUCCGGACAGUAUACCUGCAAUCCGUCCAACGCCAAAAGCAGAAGUGUGACCGUACAUGUGCUGAAUGGGGAGUUCCCAGCAGCGAUGCAGCGCGCGGGCCAACCGUAUCAUCGCACGCCCCACGGCCACCAGUUGUCAGUGCUGUUGUCUGUGCUUAUCUCAUUGCUGCUGUGCUCCAUGCUGGUAACCGGGCUCGAACUAAACAUUCCGACGUAG